CUUUUGUAUGCUUUCCCUAAAUAUAUCACAAGUCAUUUCCUUAUUUGCCUACGUUUUCCUACAUGUGAAGUGGUGCGGGGCGUAACCAAAUGUCAAGGUGUGGCACCUGUGACAUGAUAUAUACAGUAUGCCUUACGAAGCUGCAAGAAGGCAACACUUACACACGCAAGCUAGAACAAACAAGGACUCACCCACCCUCACCCACUACCAAAGACAGACUCGACAUAUACUCCCAGUCCGAUUGUUUUUCUUCUUCUUUACCUUAACCGAGAUUUGCCCUCGGUUUCUCACAACACAUCUCAAGAAUUAUUUGUGAGAUGGACGAUCAGUCGAAGUAUGCGAUCCACGCCGCCUGUAGGGAAGGAAAACUUUCCCUCGUCCAGUCCUUGCUGAAUGUCGACCCGAAGCUCAGCCAGCGGAAAGACGACGACGGCAGGCUUCCCAUCCACUGGGCUGCGUCAGCCAACCAGCUGGACAUCGUUCAGCUGCUGGCCGAGGAGAAGGGCUUCGAUGUGGAUGUCCAGGAUGACAUGGGCUGGACGGCGCUCAUGAUCGCGGCCAGCGUGAAGGACAGCGAGAGACUCGUCGAGUUCCUGUUGAGCAAGGGGGCUGAUCCAAAUGAGAAGAGCAAGCUCACCACUCCCACCAUCCAACCACCCAUCAUACCUAGCUCUUAUACAUCUAUUCAUCACACCCCCUUUCCCCAAAGAUCCUACCCUACAGUUGUCCACUUCGUAGCCUCCAAGAACGCCAUAGACAUCGCCCGCCGCCUCUUCGACAACCAGCCCCCCGCCUCCGCAAGAGUCCGCGACCGGCGCGGCCAGUACGCCCUCCACCGAGCCGCGGCGGUCGGCUCCGUGCCCAUGGUCAACCUGCUGCUCAAGCACAAGAGCCCCCUGAACGCGACGGACCAGGAUGGGCAGACGGCGCUGCAUCAUGCCAUUGCCGAGGGCCAUGGUGAUACGGCAGUUGCUCUGCUCAAGGCUGGUGCCGAGACGGACAAGAAGGAUGUGGAUGGUCAUUUGGCGUUGGAUCUGGCACCGGCCAAGGAGAUUAAGCAAUACAUCGAGAGAAUGGCCGAGAAUGAGGGCAUAGAGCUGUGAAAUAAAUCAAAAAGUCUUGAGCGCGCCUCUUAUGACGAGGCGAUGUCAAGCAGCUUCCAUAUAACUGUAUAAACCCAUCAACAUCAAAAUUCCUAG